UGACUCCAGCACAAAUAAAAUCAGUUUGCCUGGCGAUACUAGAAUCAGGAAAGCAGUAUGCAGCGAAGAAGAGGAAACCAUUCCCACUCAUGUACUCCUACUAUGGAACGGAGUAUCUGGGUGCAGCACAUGGGCUUUCAUCAAUACUUCAGAUGUUGCUUUCCUAUCAUGAGUACUUGCAGCCAGCAGAUCAGGAGCUUGUGUGGCAGAGUGUCGAUUUUCUGAUGGACCAAGAGCAGAACAGCAACUGGCCUCCUGAGCUGGGAGAGACAAUCGAGCGGGAGAAUGAGCUUGUACACUGGUGUCAUGGAGCUCCAGGCAUUGCAUAUCUGUUUGCCAAAGCCUACCUGGUUUCCAAAAAGCCUCAGUAUCUGGACACUUGUAUCCGCUGUGGAGAGCUAACAUGGCAGAAAGGCCUGUUGAAGAAGGGACCUGGAAUAUGCCAUGGAGUGGCUGGCAGUGCUUAUGUGUUCCUGCUGCUGUAUAGGCUCACUGGAAACUCAAAAUACAUAUACAGGGCACAAAGGUUUGCAGAGUUCUUAUUUACAGAAGAAUUUAAGGCUGGUUCCCGGGCAUUAGAAAGUGUAUAUAGUCUGUAUGAAGGCUUCUCUGGAACUGUGUGUUUCCUGACUGACUUGCUGCAACCCAACCAAGCUGAGUUUCCUCUUUUCAGUGUUUUUGUCUAGAAAGUAACAUUCUCCAGGGCCAC